UUGGAGCCCUGCUCUAAUAGUCGAGGAGAAACUGACAGUGAGGAUAUAAAGCCUUCAAUUUCAUGUAAUCCAGCAGAUGACAUUUCAUCUCCGGUUAUGUCAUCUGAGAAAAAGAUGAAAAUAUCUAAUGGGCCGCAAUCAAAAGAUGAAUUAUCCACAUCUGCUUCAGAUAGUGUUUCUAAUGUAAAGGAGGAAAUUUCUGGUGAUAAAAAAGAAGAUAUUGACCGGGUUAAGCACCCUGUUAAGGGACAGAAGGUAUUUGCAAAUGGUCACAAGUUCAAGAAAAUGGCUUCUGGGUCAAAGAAGAGAUGUGAGGUUGUAGUUGAAGGACAAAGAGGUAGCUCUGCUGUAACAUCACUGAAGGAUGAUUGUUCUGGUAUUAGUGUUGAUCUCCCUCAUUCUGGUGAGCAAUUUAAAGACACAAUAAAAAUGAAAAUUGCAUCUGAUAGUAGCAUGAUGGAAUAUUCUUCUGUUGCUUUGAAGUCAGAUAUGGAUGUUGGUGGUGGAAAAAUAACUAAAGAUGUGCUUAAAUCAAAAAGAAGCUUGAAAGUAUCAGAUGAUGACACUGUUGCUAAUUCCAAGGAUGAGGCUUGUGGAAAUAAAAAAUGUGCCCAACCUGGGACAGCUGGGAAGGUUAAGUUGGGAACAAAUGACAUUUUACAUCCUGCCAAAAAGUCUAAGGCUGUAGAUUUGAAAGAUGAUGCUGUCAAGGCAUCUCUUUCUAAGAGCGUGAAGAGUGGUUUUUCAAGUUAUAAUGCUGAUGACAACAAAGCAUUUAAAAAUUCUGACUUAAAACGGUCCUCAUCCCAUGUGAAGACUGAAAUGGUUUUGGCUUUGCAAGCUCAAACAUGUAAAAGUAAAGUUGAAUCUGAUGUUUCUGGUGAUGAAGCUGUGCUGCCUUUAACAAAGCGCCGUAGGCGGGCUUUGGAGGCUAUGUCUGAUUCUGCUACUCUCAAUUCUGAUGAUAAAAUGGGGAAAAAUUCUCAUGAAAUGAAGAAUGAUGUGUCAUGUUUUAACAAUGUUAAACCUCCGGUGCCACAGUCACUCAAAAGACGGAGAGCUGUUUGCCUGUUUGAUGAGGAUGAUGAU